AUGCAGACGGGCCAGCGCGUCGUCGUCGCCGUCGGCGGCAACGCGCUGCAGCGGCGCGGCGACCGGCUGACCAUCGAGAACAUGCUCAAGGCGGCGAAGCAGAUGGCGCCGGCGAUCAUGGCCAUCCAGGCCGCGGGCAACGAGGUCGUGCUGACGCACGGGAACGGUCCCCAGGUCGGCGAGCUCGCCCUCGAGCGGUCCUGCGCGGGCUUCGACGUGCUCGGCGCCGAGUCGCAGGGCCAGAUCGGCUACGUGCUGUGCCAGGCCUUCCAGAGCCUCGGCGUCGACGCCGCGGCGAUCGUCACGCAGACGCUCGUCGACGCCGCGGACCCGGCCUUCAGCGCGCCGUCGAAGUUCGUCGGCCCCGUCUACGGCUUCAAGGAGGCCGAGGCGCUGGCCAAGGGCCUGGACUGGACCGUGAAGCAGGACGGCGAGUACUACCGCCGCGUCGUCGCGAGCCCGAAGCCCCAGGCCAUCCUCCAGCUCGACGCGGUGACGGCGCUCCUCGACGCCAAGUACCCGCUGGUCAUCGCGGCCGGCGGCGGCGGCGCGCCCGUGUCGCGCGUCUUCGGCGACAUCGUCGGCGUCGAGGGCGUCGUCGACAAGGACGGCACGGCGUCGCUCAUGGCGCGGUCCAUCGGCGCGCAGGGCCUCAUCAUCCUCACGGACGGCGGCGGCAUCUGGGAGAAGUUCGGCAAGCCCGACGGCCGCGAGAUGAGGGUCGUGACGCCCCAGUACCUCCGCGCGCGGAAGUCGGGCCAGAAGUUCCCGGGGUCCAUGGGCCCCAAGGUCGCCGCGGCCAUCGAGUUCGUCAUGGAGUCGCCGGAGCCCGGCGCCUGGGCCAUCAUCGGCGACCUGAACGACGCCGCGGAGCUCAUGGGCGGCACGAAGGGCACGCUGAUCAAGCAGGACGUCCCCGAGGACGUCGUCUGGUACGACGCGGCGCCGCCCGCGGCCGAGCCCGAGCCCGAGGAAGAGAAGGCGUAA